AUGGAGUAUGGUAGCAGUAGUGAAAUGUGGUGUUUUCCUAUAUUAAAGGACGCAGAGAUUGAAGAAUUUUUUCAUGAACUUUCGGUAGAUUUUACUGCUCAAGAUAUGAAAAAGCCUACUACAGCUCGCAUAUUCAUUGCUUACGGCUUCAUAGUGGAGUACAUUAUCGGUGCAACAGCAGAAGACUGGGGUGACACUGAUUGGUCUAGUCAUCUAGAAAUGCGUUUGCGUAAAAGAAUUCCAGGUUACGACAGACCGGAAUUUUAUUCUGAAUCAAUGAAAAUGAUGGCUAUUUACAAACGAAUGAAAAAAGUUAUGGUAGCCAUAGGAAUGGACCAAUUUUCAUUUUAUGAUGUUCUUAGACCAGAGGUAUCUCGACUUCGCAUAUUUCUUAGUGCUGCUAUUAAUUUUAUAAGAUUUCGUGAAGAUCAAUUGCACAUUUUCAACGAAUAUGAAAAACAUUCGGAGGAGCUCAUGAAACACAAUGAAGAGUUGUCGGAACGAUAUAAAAUGCUUUUCGAACAAGUUGAAAGAUCAAAGAGAAAACGCAUCGAAGAUGAAAAUAUAGUUAAAGAACUUGUGCAAGAAAAUGCUCACCUUAUGAGCAGCAUGCGUGAGUUGAAAAAGAAACAAACGGGCCUAUUGAAUGAGAUAGCAUCUUUAAAAAGUACAAAGGCGGAAGCAGAAGAAAAGAUAAAUAAUACACAGUUUUUGGUGGUAACUGCAAAACAAGUUCUUGAGAAGCUUAAGAGUCGAAUCGUAGUAAACCCUGAAAAGUUGAAACAGACAAUUGAAGAGAUGAAUCAGACCAUGUCAAAAGAAAAGGACGCGAUGCUUGGACUCGGUAAAAAGGUCCGUGAAAUUCAAGCAAAGGUCGAAAAUUUGUCCAUUGUGGAAGAGGAAAUAUCGGCUUGCAAUAAGAUAUUAGAUGAAGUAAUAAAUCAACGUAAUAAGUGUGAAAAAGCGAAUAAAGACUUGCGGGAUCUUCAGGAAGAAAUUGAAAAUAAACGUCAGCAUUCACGUGAGUUACAAAAGAAGGAACAAUUGCUGUCUCGACAAAAGCAAAACUUGGAAGAUAGGCUUCAGCGCCAAAGGGAAAAACAUAAACAAAGAGUUACAGAAACUGAAAAAAAAAUCGAAGCAUUGCAAGCAGAGUAUGACCGAAUUUUAGAGGAACGCAAGGAUUCUGAAAAUAAAGCAGCACAGCAAAAGAAAAUUUAUGAUGAAAUGUCAGCAAAAUGCACGGACUUAUUUCAAUCAUGGAAUAAAGAAAAGGCUGAAAUUGAGUCCGAGUUCAAGACUCUUAAAGAUAGAAUAGAAGGAUAUCAUCAAGAAAUUUUAUUGACU